AUGGAUUUUUCUGAGGGCAGCGCGGGGGCGGGGGGUAAGAGGCCGGACGCCCCUAGACCAGUUUCCAGACGCGGUUACAGGGAGUACACAAACACAGGCUCAGCUGUGUCUAGAAGUGGCACAAUGAGGCCGACAUCAGCGUACAGAGGGAGUACAGCAUCACGGCUGUCUACAGCUGGCUUCGGACCUGCUCCGCCUACCGCUAGUCGACAGCCAACCGCCAUGACUGGGUUCUCUAUGAUCGACAGACCAAUAACACAGCAAGGCAUAUCAGGUCUUCGAACUGGCACUGCUAGAGGGUUCCGUACCCGUCAGCUGCAAGACAAACGGUAUUGGGAAGAGCUGAUGCAAGUAAAAGUUAGGGAGAUGAAGGCCGAGAUAGCCAGACUCAGUGAGCAAGCUGAUGCAGGAGAAAGAGAGAGAUCAGCAAAGAAACACUAUGAGAAGAGAGUCAGGGAAUUGGCUUUGGAGUUGACUGAUUUACAAGGCCGUCUAGCCGACUACAACACAGCGAUUCGCAUAGCUAAUGGCGAAGCCAAUAAACUGAUCGUGGAGGAACAGACCAAAGACUUGGAAGCAAGUAACCAGAAAAUGCAAGAAGAAGUUGAACAGGUCUUCAUGGAGAAACAGAGGAAGGAAAACCAACUACGACAAUUAAGGGAACAGAUGGAUAAGGAACAAUCAACAAUCACCAAGCUGCUAGCAGAAAUGACACAGGAACAGAAGGAUGAGUAUAAUGAACUAGAAGCAACUGCAGCUGCGCUAAGAGAAGAAGUGGAGCAAGCGAGGACUCAUAUUGAUCAUCUCAAUAGAGAAAAAGGCGAAUUUAAUAAAGAAAUAUCUGGAUCUCAGAUAAAGGUCAAUCUAUUGGAGCUACAUCGUCGACUAUCAGCUGCUGAAGAGAAACGCGACAAUAUGAAGAAUGAGAUGAACAACCGUUUGGAUCCUCAAGAAGAAAGAGAGAAACUGUUACUCCAGGUUCGAGAAGACAACGCUGCAAUCUCAUCUUUGGACAGUAACGCUGCAAAUCUAAAGGAACAAAUAAAGAAAGUGCAAGAAUUAAUCGAACAAGCUGAACAGGAUUUAGAAGAAGGAAAUUCUGAUCGCCAUCAGAAAUACAGAGAACUAAAGAAAAGAGAAGAAACAAUGGAUACGUUUAUGGCUUCGUAUGAAGAAAACCUCAAAAAGGAACAGGAAAAGAUAGACCAGUUGGAAAAAGAUAUCGUCUUUGCCUUGGAACAUAGUAGUUCUAACAUUGAUUUAGAUUUGAGCGAGAUAGACUCGUUGAAGCAGAAAGAUGGGUACACUUCUCAAUAUGAUGAUAGCAAGAAAUCUGUUGAGGUGCUGACUAAAGAUUAUGAGAGGUUCCAAGCUAACUUGAAAAAGGCUGAAGCAACUAGGGAACGUCUCGCCACAGAACUGCAAACGUUGCCAGAGAAGAUGAAAGUCAUGCAAGAAGAACUGGUAACGUUAUCAGAUCUAGAGAAACUUCGAGAUGAAGGUGAAGAGCAAAAGAAAGCUUUAGAGACAGAGCUAAAACAGCUGAAAGAAAAAUUGGCUCCCACAGAAAGUGCUGUCUUAGAGGCAACCAAUAAAUUGAAAAGCAUACAGGCAAGCCUUGACGGUAACGAAAUGUACACCAAACUCAACGCGCUAGAAGAACAACUGGCUCAGCUGGAGACAAGGAAGACUGUUCUAGAAGAGGAUAUAGCGUCUAUAACCUUGAAGGCAGACUAUGAGCCGUUAAAGAAACAAGCUAUUGAUGAACUGGCCAUGCUGAACAAGAAGAUUAUCGAGGAUUUGAGUAGUAUUAAGUCUUAUUAA